AUUUUCAAUCCUGACGAAGUGCUUGAACACAAUAUGGGCAAGCUGAAAAUGUCAACAGCGGAUUCACCUACCGACUGGACUCCAUCCGAGCUGUCUGAGGUAAAUGAGGUUUGGCGCAAACUAAAACCGGCCGAGGAUUGGCUCGAGUUGAUGGAAGAUCCGAUCCAGUGGAAAUCUUCAAAUAUCACCGAUAAGGGUGUGUUCGAUGCUGAUCGCAUUGCUCUAAAAUCCCUACAGAAUUCAACAUAG